AAACCUUUGUCCUUGUUGGUAUAUAUAUAAGUUUUUAUAUUAAUUCAUAACAUCAUUUGCAUUAAACAUUGCAAAAUGGAAACCUCAAUGCCUCUGGCUAGUGAUAGUUUUUCAUAUAGUUGGUUAUCAAACUCUAAUAAACCCCCUCUAGAUUACCUUCAUGAUGAACCACAUAGAGACUCUAUGAGCAGUUUCUAUGGAGACAGUACCUCAAAUAAUAGCCAAAACUUCAAUUUUGAUACUUGUAUCUCUCAAUCAAAUCUUGUUCUUGUUCAUGCUGAUGAAAUUUUCUCUAAUGGUCUUUUAAGGCCAUUUUUUCUUGACCCUUCAAAAGUAGAGGUUUUCUACAAUACUUCAGAUCCUAUUCAAACAAAGAUUGAAACUACUUCUUUAUCUUCUAUAACAUUUUCUACAAGAAGUGUGAAAAGUCAUCAUCAUGGUUUUCUUAUAAGAUUGAGAAAAUCAACAUGGAGAACUUUGGUACAAUUUUUUAAGUAUUUCAACCAAUUAAGGCAGAAAAUGGAGAGGUCAAGGAAAAGUACCAAAGUUGAUGAUAUUGAUAAGACAGAUUGGUUAGUUAAAAGCUUGAGCAAUUCACAUAAAGCAUAUCUUAUUGGUGAUUUUCAUGUUGAACAUGAUGAUAGCUCUAUUUAUGAAGCAGUUCUCCAUUGCAAAAAGUCAAUAGGAAAAUGAUCCUUAGGUGAAGAGGAGAGUUGUAGGAGGAAGUGGUAGGCACCUAAAAAUGUUUUGCACCUGAUUGAGCAUUCCAUUUUUUUCUUGGUGUAGAUUCUCUCUGCUGAGAUAUUUGUCUUCUCUUUUUUUUUUUAACCCUCUGGUUCUUAGGGAGAGGGAGUCCCUUCAGAGUUAGGUUGGGAGGUAAAUAAUGUCUGACCAAUAAUUGUUUUCAUCAGGAAUUGAACACGAAUUUGUCUUCUCUUUUGAAUGUUAUAUAUAUGUGAAGACAAUUUCCCCUUUCCUUCUUUUUUAUAUAUCAUAAUGUUGGUCAAAUUUUUGGUGAUUAUUCUCAAGAUCAUGAAGGUUUUUAGCUGAAGGUUUUUGGAUUCUUCUGUACACAGUCUCUGCCAAAAGAAAACAGGGUGACAAAUUUGAAUAUCAACAUAAAGAAUAUCAGUUUGUAGCUAAUAAAGAAAUCUAAAAGGCUUUCACAAGGUCCUUGUAUUUUCUUUCUUAAAUAGUACUCAUUUGUAUGGU